GUGUUGUUGAGGCUGGCGAGGUUACUCAGGCAUCUUGGCAUUCGUUUUUUGGGAGCUGGAGAGAGCUGACAAAACCCGAGCAUUGUCUGUGAAGAAAUAAUCACGCUGUCAAACCUUUGACUUUUUGAGCAAGUAAUGUAGAAGGUAAGUGUGGAUUUGCUUGUGCUUUCGAUAGUUGAUACUUUACCUUGUUUUUUUGCACAUAUCUUUCUUCCAUUGCGUUACGCAGUUUUCUAGAUUUCCGACUGAAAUUUAUACAUUACCAAUGCGCGACGGCAUGCUAGACAUGUUGUCUGGCUGUACAAAUUGGCUCGUCGUAAUACUUGCCGAACGGUUGGUUUUUGUUUGGCAAAUUUUCUCAACUAGUAUUUGCGUUUGUUUUUUUUUUGCGCGCUCUUCUACCUAAAAAAAACGUUGUCCGUCUCCGUCCCUAAAAAAAACCACUUUGCGUUUGAAAUAGCCAGUAAGUUAUAAUGUCUGAAAGCGCGUCUGAGUCUAAUUUUAAACCCUCGGUUGGUCUCCACGAGAAAUUUUCACAUCCACGAAAAAAACUGUUCCAAGAACGUACAAACCUUGAGUAUAAUUGUUUCGUGAAGAGAACAUUCCAUUUUUUAUACGUUAGUCACUUUGUUUUUCAAAAUAGAACGUAAACAUAAAUAUACAUUCAAAGAAAGAACCACUCUGAAUUCGAAAUUGCGCCGAAUCUCUCAAUUUAAGAAAAUGUUUUCUUAUUUUACGAGAAAAACUUAGAACAAAUCAUAGGAUAGGAACUCAUUUUCCUGUAAUUAAAUCAGGUGGUUUGAGUUUGUGAGAACAACAUCUUAUUUCAUAAUUUGUUUGAAAUUUUUUCCUUAAAAUAAGAAAUCUCGAAUUUAGAGUGAGCCACAACAAUGAACGCGUGAUUAUAGAAUUGCAAAUUACUUUGGUGCUUAAUUUUUUUUUCAGUUUAAGUCGUAACGGUUAGAAUGUUUAUUUUUCCGUUCAGUUUCACGAGUGGGAUUUAAACAAAGCCUUUUUACUCUUAUUGCUAGGCUCCAGCAACCUUAACUAAGAGUGCUGAGAAAAAAUAAAAACUGUAGACGAAUUUGAACUGUAUUUUAUUCCAAGGAUUGUCAGGCUCGAUUCCUAAAGGUUACAACACUCCAAAGGGUCCUUCUUCUCAAGGAUUACUCAGGAUUCCAUAGAUUCAAUUCGCUAAAGGUUCAAAGAUCAUCAAGAUGGCUACAAGAAAACAACACGUUUUACGGAUCUCUCUCUCCUAGCGCUCCUAAACUCUUACAUCAUCGCACACACUCCCCCCCCCCAUGGACCAUGAAGAGUUGUCCACCUUCUAUACCUAGAAUCAAAUAUCAGAAAGAAUUAAAAAAAAAAUGAUAACUCAGUGAAUAUAGUCUCUCUCUCAAAAAAAAUGUUUAAUGUUCCGAAUACAUAACAAACUUAAUGUUCGUCUUGUAAUUCAACAAUCCACUGUCUUCUUUUUCGCUCUCCCUCGACUGCAGCUCUACGCUGCUCUCGAUUUCGUCUCACUCGACCUUGUGUUGGCUGUUCCGGUGAUUCAGGUACUUGCUCCUGAGAAGCUGCUUCAUUUGUAGAACAGCUUACUUCCAGUGGGUACAACACAACAAUUGUAGCGGUCUCCUUAAGAGUUCACCUCCGCUUGAUCCUCUCCCUUGGACUCUGACCUCAGCGCCUCUACUCUGCCCAUCCUUGCUCAUCAGAAGCUGUUCCACCUUGCCCAUCUUCCAGUAGGAUCUUGGGUGGGUUUCGUCAUGAACCAAUACCAGAUCUCCAACAGACACUACCCUUGAUCCUGUUGUCUUCUUCAACUGGUUAUGGGCAUUUCGUAAUUCAAGAAGGUAUUCUGCUCUCCAACGCUUCCAAAAAUGAGUCAGAAUCAUAUCAAGGUGUUUUGCUCAUCUGCUCAGGUCAUCCAGCGAAGUUCUAAAAUCUGCAUCUGCAGGACUGUCUAUUUCAGGAAGGGCGCUGAGUCCAGCAAUGAGGUGGGACGGUGUGAGGGAUUCUUCUAGGUCCUCAGAAGAGACAUAUGAAAUGGGUCGGCAAUUUAAGAUAAUUUCAGCUUCUGUAACAACAGUUACAAGUUCAUCAUAGGAAAGUGUUGCUCGGCCGAUUAUCUUCUUCAGUGAAUUGAGAAGUCGUUCAUAAAAACCUCCCCACCAUGGCACCUUCUCUAAGUUGUAGGGCCAUUUGAUCUUCUCUUGGGCAAAGCACUUAAGAACACUGGGAUCAUUUGUAAUCUUCUAAAGCUCCUUAGGGGCACUCUUUUUGAAGGUUUUUUUGCCUUGUCUGAUAACACUAAAGAAGGUCUUGAACGACGAGCUACAAAUCUUCUAAAGCACCUCAGAAAUGCCUCUGAAGUCAUAUUGGGCACAACCUCGAAGGGGACCGCCCUCGUAGAACAACAAGUAAACAAUUAAAUCCAGACCUUACGUUCCUUCUCACUGGUAGACUUCACAAAAAGGGGGUCCAACAUAAUUGAAACCAAUGUACGAAAAUGCAGGCGCCUCUUUCACUCUAUAGCUAGGCAGGGGUGGAGCUUGUGGAACCUUAUACGGUUUGCCUUCAAACUUCUUACAAACUGUGCAUCUAAACAACAAACUUCUGAUAAAGUAUCGGCCUCGAACAAUCAAAAAGUUCGACCUCAACUCGGUGAGUGUUUCCUUAACUCCACCAUGCAUGACUCUUUCGUGACAUCUCCAGACUACAAGUGUAGUUAAGUGGUGGCUAGCGUCAAGCAAGAUUGGAUACUUCGCAGAAUCUGUAAGCUCGCAGUUCCCAAGUCUACCUUGACAUCGAAUAACUCCUUUAUCAUCCUCAAACAACCCCAGCUGGUGCGACCUCAUCUUAAACUUCUCCUUGCCCUUCAUCUCUCGUUGUACUUCCUUGAUCCAUAGAAGUUCAGUUUCUUCUAUGUCUGCACCGUUCACAUGUAUCUCUGGCUUCUGAUUCACAUCUCCUUGUCGCUGUGCCUUUAAUAGCUAAAUAAACUUCAGAACUAAGGCUGUAACUUGCAAGGAGGUGUCCAAGAUUACUGAAGGCUUCACAUUGAAUGAUAUUACACAGCAUAGCAGGUUCACUGUUCAUUGCAAGAGCAGUCGUUACUAUCUUCCGAUCCUUUACCCUCAUUUCUACAAGGCAGGCUUCAGGGACUGGCUCCUCCGCAAUAUCCUUUCGAUUCUCCAGGCCUUCAAAACUAGUAAGCCACUUGGGACCAUUCCACCAUAGCACACUGGUCUCCAACUCAUGACAGUCCAUGCCCCGAGAGAGUAAGUCGGCUGCGUUGUCAGCCCCUGGAUAAUGAUUCCCGCAUCUUCAGGUACAAGCUUUCUUAUCUCGUCAACAUGGUGCUGAACAAAUGGUUUCCACUCUUUCUGGCUCUGAACAAUCCAAUACCAGGCUAUCUUGGAAUCUGUCCGACAAAACAAUUUGUCAAUCUUCAUUUCAGAACUAAGUCCUUCCUUUAUGCUAUGGAUCAGUCUGGACAGGACUACCGCUGAUAACAGUUCUAAACGUGGUAUGGUCUGCUCCGAGAGAGGUGCUACUCAUGUUUUUGAAGACAAAUCUCACAUACCUGCACAUGUCGUUACGAUAUGCAGAAAGACCACCACACAUGCCUUAGCUGAUGCAUCACAAAACCCAUGCAGUUCACUCACAAUAACUUCCUCUUCCGUGGCAGCAGAAUAACAUCUCGGAAGAUUAAGAGGUUUAACAGCUUGCAGUUGUGUCAACAAUCUCUUCCAGACUGACUUGCAAGAACCUUCCAAUGGUUCAUCCCAGUCUUUCUUGUCCUUGAACAGCUCUUAAAACAGGAUUUUAAACUGGACUAUGAUCAGAGAAAUCAUCUUCUCCCUUGUACAACAACUUCUCAACAAACUCUUCAAAGACACUUGGCGACCUCACACCGAGAGACUUUAAGUCCCAGAACUUCUUCAACUCUCCUUGAAGACCAUCAUAAGACACUUGAUCAGUAGCACAUGUUAAGACAUGGGUUGUCACAAGAUUACUUCACUGUUGAUUUUCUACACUCCCUAAGCAAAUGGGUCCUGAAAGUACCCAUCCCAGUUUGGUGUGAACAGCUGUAGGACCUUGGGCCCCUUUAAUGGUGUGGCCAGUCACCAACUUCCAAUAAUAAUCCAAGCCAACUAGAAUGUCAACACCAAGAGUCUCUCUUUCGGUACAAAAGUCACCAAGUUUGAGUCCCGAAAGGCAGGGGUUAUUUUUCACUGUUAGUUCCACAGGUUGACCUUGUAAUGGUUGGCAAAUCAGAGGCAAUGUAAAAGCUGACAGUGUAAGAUCUGGUUCUCCCUUUAGCUCUACUACUAGGGCCACAACUUCUACCAACUCUAAUCUUUAAACGGUACUUCCAACAGUUUUUAUUGAGCCUUGCUUCUUCUCUAGUGUAGGUAGUUAAAGAAUGUUCUUCAGGUUGUGUGUAAGAUAGGUGCGCUGACCUCCACUGUCCAGGAUUAUUCUAGCCCUGAUCUUAACCUCUGGUUGUUGAGGAUUGUACACCACGGCGUAGGCAGUUUGAAGGAACACAGGUGUAGUGGAAUCAGUAUGGAAAACGACACUAUUGGUGGCCGUUUGAGCCAUUAAGCAUUGCUGUUGUGGUCAUGGUGUGGGAACUGAUGUUUCAGGUUUCGUUGGUUGCAAAGGACUCUGGUUGGGUGGGCAAAUACUAACAUGGUGUCUGCCCUUGCAGUUAUGACACUUGAACUUGGCUAAGCAGUUACGACUAAUGUGAUCUUUUCGCAGGCAAACGGAACACCUCCCGUACUUCUUCAAAAGCUCCUUAUGGGCUGGUACAUCAGGUACUGUGCAGCAAUCCCUUGAUGGGUGUUUUCACCCUACAGUAGGUGCAGGUGGGACAGUUAGCUUCACCACUAGUUAACAAGGCAUGUGUAGUUCCAUCUUCCCUUCGUUUCGGUUUUGGUGGAGAUGGUUGUCCUUUAUUCACCGAAGACCCUCCAGCCCUUUCUCUUGCCUCAAGUUCCCUUUUGAAAACAUCAAGCAGCUGAUCUAAUUGCCAGUCAUCAUCUCCCAUUUCUCUGGUAAUAACAAGAUGAAAUUCCUGAGACAGCUUGUUCAUCAAUAUGGAUGAUAGCAAACCCCUGUACGAUUCACGUGAAACUCCUAAUGACUUUAAGCUUCUCACAUUAGAUUCAACAGUGUCAUGUAGCUGAUGCAGGCUUGUUACAUGAUAGUGAGAUGUAACAGAUUCAAGAUUAAACAAAAUUUCCAUGUGAAGAUUAAUUAUUUGCUGCUUCUUGCCAAAUCUAGCUUUCAAAAUGCCUAUUGCUUCCUCAUAGUUCGAUGCCCCAAGACUUAACCCAGAAACGGCCUCUGCCGCUGACCGUUCAAGCAAUGAGUUUAAGUAGUUAAACUUGUCAAUGGCAGUUAAACUCUCAUUUUUAUGAACUGAGGCUUCAAAACUAUCCCAGAAAGAAAUCCACUAACUGUGGAUGGCAGAUGCCACUAAUGGCAGUUAAACUCUCAUUUUUAUGAACUGAAGCUUCAAAACUAUCCCAGAAAGAAAUCCACUAACUGUUAUCGCCGUUGAACUUCUUUAACUCCAGCUUUGGCAAUUUAACUCGAGUAUUUCUCCGCACAGAUGAAAAGGAAUUCAAUGUCGAAGCUGAAGGCGGCAAAGAAUUACUCCCAAUUUGAACUUCAUUUGCUGUCUGUAUUUUAUUCCAAGGAUUGUCAGGCUCGAUUCCUAAAGGUUACAACACUCCAAAGGGUCCAACUUCUCAAGGAUUACACAGGAUUCCAUAGAUUCAAUUCACUAAAGGUUCACAGAUCAUCAAGAUGGCUACAAGAACACAACACGUUUUUACGGAUCUCUAAGGAGGCCUAGCGCUCCUAAACUCUUACAUCAUCACGCACAAAAACUUCUUAACCCUCACAAUGCUGAUGAAAAAAGCCCAAUGGUUUCUUCAAUGGGGAAGUAAGAGGAAUCAGAAGUUAUUCAUUUAUAAAGGAAUUUUAUCCGCAUGGCCCUUGAUGGAUAAAAGACUGCUUACUCCUCUCUCUACCUCACACCAUUUCACAGACAGUUAAUAACUUUGUAUAGUGAAUUUUUCUGCUGUCUAAAUAAUAAUAAAUAAUGGUAAUAGCACUGAGUGGAGUCCAGUUCCCUCUGUAAUCGUACCAGUGAUUAACAAAAUCGGAUGACCGCACAGUCUGCUUAAGCCUCCUUUACUUCUUCAAUUUGGAAUCUAUAGAAGAAGCUACGUGUACAGCAGAGUAGAGGUGCAAGAAUUAGAAAGCUCGAAAAAAGUUUUUGUUAUCAGACAUUUUAAGAGUCAGAGAGGACUUACAAUACAAUACAAUACAAUACAAUUAUUAAUUCUCCCAGUAAGGUUUUUCAGAAUCAAUUUACAUGUGCAAGAAAAAAAGAAAAGUAGAUAAAAAUGUAUAGAAAACUAAUGAUGUAAUAGUGUUUACAAUUUUAUAGAAAGAUAGUAUAAAACAAAGUGCUUGAGACUAUCAAAACUAAGCACAACUGAUUUCAACCCUAGCUAUCUUCUUAAAACAUAGAUGAAGAGUUUCUUGUCCGGCCAGUUAAGUUGUUCCAUGAUGCUACUGCCCUGUAGAAAAACGAGCACUGAGCAAUUGCCUUCCGACAUUUCAGAAGGCUAAGUUGAUCUCUAUUUCUAGUGUUUACUCGUACAUUUUUUAGCGCUGUGUGAGCUUUGAACAUCAAUAGCUCUAGGUGCCAGACCAUUCAGACAUUUAUAAAUCAUGGUAGUGUCCCGCAAGCACAACAGUUCUUUUACAGUAAGCCAGCCCAGUUCGUACAGUAUUGGGGAAAUAUGAUCGUACUUUGUGGUGUCAGUCAAUAUGCACGCAGCAAAAUUUUGCAUCAUUUGUCACUUCUUAAUAUUUUGUUUGAAUGUACCAAACCAUACAGGUGAACAGUAAAAUAAUUUACUAAAUGUAAGAGAAUUUAGGAUUAUGUUUAGAACAAGUAUCUAACCCUACUUAUGUGACACAAAAUAAAAAGUUGGAAAUGAUUUGCACAGCAAGUUCGGGAUCCUAGGAAAUCUGUUCCAAACAUGAGUGGAUAUCCUGUGCAGAACUUAAGAGAGAUAUUUUUGUGUCAUCCACGUACAAUUCAAUAUUACUAAAUUUGGUUACUCUAGGAAGAUCGUUCAUAUUUAAGCUAAAAAGCAUUGGGCCCAGGAUCGAGCCUUGAGGCACCCCAUGAGUUACCAUAAGGGGCUCCAACAAAGAAGUUCCCACUCGGAUGCAUUGUUCUCUAUUCGUGAGAUAACUAUGGAACCACUGUAAAGCUUUGUUUGAGGUGCCAAGGUGGUAUAGUUUGCUAAGUAGGGUCAAAUUACAUAGACUAUCGAAGGCCUUGCUUAAGUCAAUCAGUACCAUGGCUGUGAUUUGGCCCUGAAAAUAUGGUCGGUUACAUGUACAAGCAGGCUUAGAGUUUCAGUUGAGUGCAGCUUCCGAUUUCCACUCUGAUGGCUGGUGAGGCGAUUUUUCUGUACCAAGUAGUAAUAGGCACAGGAAAGAACGGGGUGCAUGAGAGAGUCUCCAUUGCAUGACCCGUUCUUUUUACAUAAUACUUCCAAGCAAGGACUACGAAAAAGCAAUGUUUUGUAGUUAUCACAGACAAUUUUUGCAAGAUAAAUCUGAAUUUUGGGAGCCAGAGCAACAACAGUUUUCGUCUUGAGGGAUAAAAACAUGAAACAAGUGAGGGGGUGCAUUUUAUCAGAAGUCUCAGAUACAUGUAUGCAAAAAUGCAAUAUACCAAUUAAAUUGUAAAAGAAACAUGCAGUGGAUGUCAUGCCUGCAAGAAGUUGCAGUGGGUUUUGGUUUUAAUUUCUGGUUAGUUGGUGUACAGUGGCUUAUAAAUUGUAGCUAUAUAGUUACUUAGGAUACAAAUGUUUAACCAAAUCAGAUGCAAAAUAACCUUCCGGCUGAAACUCAUUCGAAAAAAAUCCAAAUUCCCAAAAGCAAAUGUCAACCACAACUUCCUACGGAAGAAGUGUUCUUAAUAAGAUACUUUUUAAUAUUUCCUAACAGGAUGGAUUUUAUGGAAUGUAGCUUGGGAACUUGCACUUGUGAACAUCGGCCAGUCAAUCUUCACAGUAUCUCACAUAAUUUUCCAUCAGCUGCUAGUAAAAGCCGUGAAUUUAUGCAGAAUUCUCCAUCUUCCUAUAAUAAGAAGGAACAGCAUCAUGGCCCUUUACCAAAGAGAGCAAGAAUUGAAGGUACCUCUGUAAAUAAGGAAUAAAUAAAUGAUGAUUUAAAGGUAGCACAUCCACUUAGUGGUUCUUUCACAAUCUGAUUCCUGAUCAAAUUGGAAUUUGGAAAUUUUGGUUUGUAAGGGAGGAGUGGGGAACCAGAGUACCUGGUGAAAAACCUCUCGGAGCAAAGGAAAGAAUCAACAACACACUCAACCCACAUAUGGUUGACACCAGAAUUUGAAGCCCGACAACAAUGGUGCGAGGCGAGUACUCUCACCACUGCUCCACCCUUGCUCCCCAAGGCUUUCUAUAACUGCAAUUUUAUUAAGUGCAAGUAUAAGUUUCAUCAUUGUUUGGUCAUUUUUAUGAGGGUUUGAACAAUUACUGAUAUUUGGCAUGUGGCAUUUAUUUUACCGUGAUAAAAGAAACAUUGUUCUGAACUUUUCCUUCAUAGUUUACCCUUAACUUUUCAAGGAAUUAAUAUUAUCAACACUAGUUCAACAUUUUCUUUUGUGUUUGAUAAAUAACUGGCAAGUAGAAAUGUUAAUAGUGAAAAUGUAUCAAGUUCAUUUUAAAUAAUUAGUUAACCCUUUAAGUCCCAAUAGUGACCAACAUCAAUUUUCUCCCAAUGAUAUCCACACAUUGUCAAGAGACUAGGUUAUGAGAAUUAAUAAAUGAUCACCUAAGAGAAAAUGGCUUGAUCUUUUAUCAAAUUCUCUCAACUCAUUCUUUAAGACAAUAUAAAGAGAUCAGUGUAGAGAAUUUGUAUGUGGAUAUUGGGGCUCAAAGGGUUAAGUGAUCAUGUUUUGGUGCAUUAUGCAUUGUUCAUUCCCUAGCUAGCACCAUAUUCUUGCUUUUAUUGUAAAAAAUGGGUUAUGCUAGUAAAAUGAGAGGAAUGAAAAAUAAGAGAAACAAGUUGUCCGUGAUACCAGGGUUUGAACCCAAGAACAAAAUAUAAUGCAUGCGAUGAUAGUUUUAUCACUAGUCCACACUUAAACUACCAUACCUAAAAAUUCUGAAAAUAAGCCUUUUAUGUAUAAGCCACUCCAAAUAUAAGCCCCCCAAACCAGUAAUGCAAAAAACCCUCUGUUAAAAAAACCCUCCAAAUACAAGCCCCCUGAGGGCUUGUACUUGGAAAAUUGCCCUCAGGUACAAAGUAAAACAAAGCAAAAACGAUAAAUUUACUUCCAACUAUAAGGCUAGCCGAAUCGAUUUUGAAAUGCAAAUUUCCUUCCAUAGAUAAGCCCCUCUGAAUGUAAGCCCCUCCAAAAAUAAGCCCCUAAAAAGGGCCUUUGAAAAAAUAUAAGCCCAGGGGCUUAUUUUCAGAAUUUUGUGGUAACUAGUUGAGUCAAAGAUAUUUUGUUUCACGAAAAUGACUUCACUUAUCAAGUUCUCACAUUAACAACUAAACUCAAGUUAAAAUUUGAAAUGUGGCUUUAACAAGUCCAUUAAAUGGACAAAACCUAACAGCUGAUUAAAGGAUUGUUAAUGGCUUUUCAAAGUGUUGCAACAGUUUGACAAAAGCUUUGAUUAGCUAAGCAAAAUGUUGGUAAGCAUUUGAACUAAUUGUUUUGAUUUUCAAUCGCUGGAUGCCGUUUUUUGUAUUACAAAAAAAGGAGGAAAACGGAAUUUCAUUGAAUAAGGAUACCAGGACCUGCUGACAACACAAGGGACUUUAAGAUUCAAUGACGUGAUGGCAAUGACAACGUCUAAAAGAACAAUAGGUUUAAUAAGCAAAAUAAAAACUUUGCAUGUGUGUCGCACUUUGUUAUACAUUUCUUUGCCAUUUUUGCCCGACCACGACGUGAAAAUGUCCAAUUUUGUGUUUUAUGGAGAAUGUAAACAAGCAACAACGAAAUUUUGUUUCUCUUUCUUAACUUGAAUAUUAAAUUUUUCUCUUGGAAUUCAAAUUCAGGUUAUUAGCAUACAUUUGACAAAGUAAGGAAGUAGGAAUAAUCGUGAUAAACCCUGAAAGAAUGCAAAUUCACUUUUUAAGCAACAUUCUCGUUGCUGUUACAUCGUUGGAUCUUUAAGACCCUACUAUCAAAAGAAGAAAUGCCCCACUACCAGCUUUACCAAGAUAUAUGAUGAUCAUGAUAACUGUGCAAGUUUACUCUGUGAGUAAGGCAUGCUGUUCUGAUGUUUUCAUUUUUAGCAGCAGCAUUGGAGUUUUUCUCUUUGGUAUCACGUCAUUUCUAACAACUGCUUGUUAUUUCCAGUGGCUGCAGGCACAAGAGGUGGUACCUUUGAUUGUAGAAUGUGUGAAAGGGUAUACAAAACAGAGGAAGAACUGGAAAAACAUCUCCUUAAUCAUGCUGAGCAUCGGCCAUACAAAUGCCCACAGUGCAACAAAGGCUUUAAACAACCUUGCCAUUUAAACCAGCAUCUGCGCACCCAUACUGAUGAACGACCAUUCCCUUGUGAAGUCUGUCGCAAAUGCUUCAAGCAAGCAUGCCAGCUGAAGCAACACAUGAGACUUCACACAGGAGAGAAACCCUAUCACUGUUCUCAGUGCAGCCGCUCCUUCAAACAGGCCAGCCAAUUAAACCAACAUGUACGUCUCCAUACAGGUGAGAAGCCGUACAAGUGUAGCCACUGUGACAAAACCUUCACUCAGGCCAGCCAGCUUCGGUCGCAUAAGAAAACACACGAUCCAAAGCCAGACAGGAAAGCUAGCAUUUCAAGAAAACCAAGGUCCACACCCCGAGAAGCUGUAGUUAUGCCCACUUUCACAGCCAAGCCAGCUGCUCACUCAAUGCCAUAUCAACCAAGUCAUCCAAGCUUUAAUCCUGGCUUGAAAAUGGAGCCAAGUUUUGGUUUCAAAAGCUCAUCUCCCUUUGGCGCUAACAGCAGUAUACAGGUAUGUCAACUGCGAGAGCUCCCUGUUACUCCUUUGCCACCUAACUACUCAGUUGAUUAGUUUAUUAGACAUACUCGCAAUAAAAUCAAAUUGUAUUGAUUCUUAGUAAAAUAGCUGUUACAAACAUUUCUGUGCUUUUUAAAAGCUACGUGUCCAGUUGAAGUGACAGGGUACCGUGUAACAGUGAAUGUCCUAGUUGACUCUAAACAAAUAAUUUUAAUUAACAAAAUUAACCCAAGUUUUUAUAGUGUAGUGCCUUGCACACAAAUAAAGCGAUUUCAGUGGAGAGAAUUCCUGUAAGAAACUAGCAUGGUCAUCUGCCUGUUUCCAAGGAUAGGUUACCCUAUUUUCUGGUUACCAAAGAAAGUGCAUGGUAAUUAACAUACUCUGCACAUUUUUGUUUUUUGGAGGUUAAAGGAUCAUUCCAAAACAAUUUGCCAUAGAUUUGACAGUUGAUCCACCUAGUCAACUGAGACAAAACACUUAACAACAACUUUUACAUAUCUGGCAGGCCAUGGUGUAAAUUAUUGCUUAGUUUAUAACCAGGGCAUUUUUAUCUGAGAAUUUGACGCUUGGGUUACCAAUGUUCCUCGUAGGCAGGCACUCCUGUUAAUAAAUCGAGUGUUAGAAUUAUUAAUUUAUUCACUUAUGUUUUGCUGACUUAAUGCAGAUCAUGUGACAAUAUUCAAGGGAGCAUUCUCUGAUAAAAUUACAUACAUUCCUGCUUUCAUAUGCUCUUUAUUUCCAACAAGAAAAGAGAGCAAAUCUCCUUAGUAUUGUCAUGGUUUUCACCAGCACAAAACAUAAAAGCAAUGACUGAAGGUCUACUGGUCUAUUGAUUUCUGGUACAAAAUUAUGCCUGAUUAUUACAGUGCAGACACUCAAAUGGGACACUUGGAAGGAGAUUGUCCAAUCACAACCUUUUCUGAAACCAAAGAUUUUCAAGGUUUUUUGCAAACAGACCGAUAAAAUUCACAGUUCAACUAUGUGUCCAUUGAAAACUUUAAAAGCAUUUGAACUUACUUGACCUCUCAGGAAACAGCCUUCAAAUUUAUGAAUUUUAUGGGUCCCUUUGCAAAAAACUUGAGAAUCUUUUGUUUUCAGAAAAUGUUGUGAUUGGACGAUGUUCUUCCAAGUGUCCCAGUUUGAGUAUCUGUACUGUAAAGAAACAAAUACACUGUUAUUGAACAAAAUCUAGACAAUUCUUCCAUGCCAGCAGUAACCAACCUUUCACAACAAAAGUUGCAGCCCAGCUCAGCACUAUGGUGCUUAACAGCUUACACUCAUCACUGAAAUGUUGGGAAUUUUUUAGUGACAAAAAUGUUUUAUACACAUUAUUAUGUUGUGGAAUGAAUUAAUUUUUUACAGAAAGAUUAAUACAGUGUACAGCACCAGGUUGACCAUAUGUUUGUUUAGUUUUAAUGUCAGAAGUUACAGUUUACAAGUAAGUUCCUUUUUUUAAUAAUAAUUAUUAGUUUGCCCCUGUGUUUUAAUUACUCUUGGAGCUACUUCCAAGCACCUACAACCACAGCAAAUUAUGCAUUGCUUGUACAAAAUUAAGUUCAUACCUAUUGCAUCAGGCUUUGAACGUUGUUAAGAUUACAUUCUUUUUGACAUACUAUAGGUGUGAUCUUAAUUUUGUAUGUGCAAUACAUUAGGCAUGAAAGUGGCUUCAUUUGUAAUCAACGACAUUUGAUAUAUGAGCAUGAACAAGGGUGGUACCAGGAAUUUUGUUUGAAGGGGGAGGUCUAAUGUGGUCACUCUGUGGAAGCUAAUUCUUUCCAUGUGCCUGUGUUGUUGCACAAUAGUACAUAACCCUUGCUGUAACACCAUGCACAGCUUAAAUGACAUUUCAUUGAUAAAGGACCCAGGGUUUAAACAUUUGCCUCUUGUGCAAAGUGUUAUGAUAAUUUUGACCUCAAGCUAAUGUGCAUCACAAGGUUUAUUUUAAGCUGUGUGGUGAAAGUUGUAUGGGAUUCUUCAGAGGUAAUUUUUUCAUAUUCGAUUCCAAGCAGUCAGUCAAAGAGAAUGCAUGUGUCACAAGGAGAUUUCUGUUUUACGUCAAUCUGUUUUAGUGCCUUUACCCAUACACUGUCACACAGUGUUCCUGUAGAGUAAAGAAGAAGGUAUCAGACAAAUUUCAUCAGGGAGAUUUAACUGUUAUGACAUUUGGUGAUUUUGCAGCAUCACAUUAAAAAAGUUGCAUUAAAAGUUGGCCCAGCUUUCAAUCCAUGUCCAUCCUUGCCAUCUGUUGCAACAGACGACUGGAAACAGUUUGAGUGCCUAAAUAUCGCCCUAAAUAACAAAGCUGGACCAUUAUUUUUUUGGAAUUCAAUUGCUGAAAAAAAUGUUUUGGCUUUUUAGAAAGAUAGAAAUAGGUUGACAUAGUCCCUUUAAGUACUUUUAAAAUCAUUGGGGUCUGACAGAUACAUUUGGACAUGGUGUACCCGGCCUCCUCCUCCUCCUCCUCCUCCAACCUGGAUCCACCACUGAGAAAUGCAUGUCUUUAACAUAAAUUGAAGCCCUAAGUGAUUUCUGAUCAACUGUUAGAAGUCCUCUCCUCCAAAGAGCCCUUGUUCAUGCUUGUAAGUCAAAGGGAGGAUUUGGCAUUAGAUCAGUAGUCACUCCAUGUCUUACACCACAUAACCUUCCUGUUGAGUUUCAGUCUUGUAGCAGACUUAAAUUAAUGAUGACUGUUCUCACCUGGAUAUAAUAUUCUUUAGAUUGUGUCACUAAUAUUAAUAUAGUCUACGAUUGUUCAAGUUUAUUCAUGGUCCAUUUUAUUUUUUGAUUAUCACAGAAAACACAUUUAGUGAACGAAGAAAAAUGUAAAAUGUACCAAGGAUACAUGUCUGCUCAUGAGUAUGACCAUCCCCUCCCCAAUCCUACCCCUCUCUAUUAUUAUACUAUUGUAGUUGGGACUCCUCAUACCCCACCCCCUAAAAGUUCCUUUGACUUUUCCCUGUGAUAUGGUAUAUUUUCUGGUGUCACUUAAAAGGGGUUAAUUAGUUUGUAGAGUGGUAGUGUGCAUUUUUAUGAAUUGAAAUAAAAAAGUAAGUUAUUAUUAUUAUGGAAUGUAUCAGAUACAUUCCAUUUUGUCCCAGGAGACAAUAAACUGCAUGUGAAGAGAGAGACUACUUAAGUUAAGGAAUAUGGAUUUGUGUUAUAGUUGCUAGCUUUUAUAUUUUAGAAAAAUUUGAAAGUUAGCAGCAUGGUGACCAUGCACGUUUAUGAGCCAUAUUUUAUUUUAAGUAUGAAAAUGACAGUAUUUUACAUUUUAGGACAAUAGUGGCAAAGAGUUUCAUACUGCUUGUCUUACAAUAAUUACUAAAUAUACACUGUAAACUUGUCAAAACUCUUUUAAUCACAGCAAGCAUAACUGCAUGUGAAUUUUUGUUAACUUCAAAGUGCAGACAUGUCUGACCCCCUCACUCUCAGAAAUGCCACUGAUUACAAUCCAAGUGGCAAAACAUGAGCAAUAUUGUUGUACUUGAUGUUCUAAUAUUAUCAGCAUUGUCAUCACCAUCAUCAAAUUGCCAAAGCUCUCUAUCGACUCUGGGAGUGAAGAGGUCUGACAUAAUAUGCACACCAUUACCUGAGUAUAAACACAACCCCAGGGAGUCGAUCAUUCCUUUUCCAUUGUUUGUGUUUAUUUUUCUACUUCUAAGUCAUGAGCUGCACCUUGAGUUGUGCACACUCUGCUGUUAAGACCAGGUUUUACAUUUAUUUUUCUUGGUGGCGGUUCUGGUUUGUCACUAGCAUGUAAAGUUGACUGAUAAUUUGAUCGGUUUUGACAUGAAAACAGUCAACUUCAACUGGGUCUUUAAACUGUUAUAAAGGAAAAUCAAAAAUCAUUUUGUGUCUGUUUUACUAGUUUAAUUUGCAGGCUGCUAGGUAAACUUACAGCCUUCUCCAUCGUUUAAAAGGAAAAAGGUCUUGACCUGCCACUGCAUUUGAUAAUAAGUUUUAACACUAGAAAUUUUGUAGUCAGUUCAUUAAAACGCCCUUCUUAUACCUUAAUGUACGCUAACUGAUAACAAGUGGGAACUAAUAACCUAGGGCUGCUAUGAAGUUUGCAUGUUUCUAGCCUUAAUUUUCUUACCCAAAAAGGAAAGUUUACUAAACAUCGCUAAAAUAGGGAUGUAAGCUACAAUGGCGCUCUCCUACUUAGAGGCUUCUAUUAGUAAUCGUAAAAAAGGGAGCAUGCAGAUGUUCCAAGCAUGCCUUCUGUUCCCUUUGCCCCACACUUUGGAUGGUGCAAAGAGGCCACUGUUGAGGAGAGAGCUGAUGUUAUCAGGCUGUGUAAUAAUUAUUACUUAAGUUUGUUACUGUUCUAUACUAAAUUACUGAGACUGUUUUGUGUUAUUAAAACCUUGUGUUGUGGGUAUCUCUGAAAGAAGUCACCAAAAAGUUGGCAGAAGAGUGCUAGUUUGAAGUCCUGCAAAGUUUCAAAUGCACCUUCACUCUCCUUCGUUGCUAAUAAAAACAAUAGAAAAGAUGAUUGAUCGUCAGACUUUUAAAUGAUAUGUUUCAGUUAACAUAUUACACAUUUUGGGAGAAGAAAACGAAAUAACCGAAAUGAAAUUCUGACACCAAUUAAUUUUGGUGAAUAUGCUUCUGAGAAAAUUGCAUAAUGGCAUUCUGCUGUAGGAUGAUAAAAAACUUUGUAGUUUCUAUUUUGAAAGUCCAUGUUGUUAGGGGGUACUUCCCAGGGGCAUUCUCCUCCUUCAAAGAUGACUUGAGGGUGCUUAUCACAACAGGGCGCGGCUCAAGUUCAUUUUAAUAGGUACCCAAAAACUAGUUGAGUGACAGAAUAGUUUUCACGAUCAUUUUUUGGCUCGACACUUUUGAAGACUCUUAAAGGUGGCCAAACUGCGCUAAGCCAGCUCUAAACUGUACCAGUUGACAAAAGGUGUCACAGGCACCCCAUCAUUUUGUAGGGGUUUCACUCCCGGGAAUACAUACAUAGACUUUCUCACCUUUUUCAGUCUUUGCCUCACUAGGGAGCCUGUUUAUAGUCCCUGAGGCAUUUUCCAAAUAUUUAGUUAAAUAACCAACUCAAAGUCUGUUGCUUUAAUAGACCUUUUCAGCUUGUGUGGUUUAUUUGCCCAAGUCAGGUCACGUGAUGUUCUCAAGGGAAUUUACUUUGCCUUUGUCUUGUCUUAAAUUAUGCACGCGUAUGCAGGUGGUUCCGAAAACAUUUGAAAGAAAACAAGCACAGUUCUCUGGGUACAAUCCCAUGGUAAAUAAAUUAUAAAUUAUGUAUACGCAUGCACGUGGAUAGGACGACAUUUGAAAGAAAAAGAUCUCGUGAGUAAUUUCUCAUGGCAAAUAAAAUAUCUCUUGAUUAUAAAUUAUGCAUGCGUAUGCACGAGGACACCAAAAAAGUUGAAAGAAACCGGUCCCUGGGGUUGCGUCAAAUGGACUGAAAUGAGCAAACAAAACAUACAAGCUAAAAAGUUAUAUUCGUGCAUGGACGAACUGUGUGAUAAAAAAAAAAGCUAGGAAAAUUUUCAGAGAUACCCAUAAAAGGUUCAUUUUUUCUGCAGCACUUAAUACAUGAUAUUCAAUUCCGGUAUGACUUAAUCAGUAGUGGUUAAAUUUACUGUUCUUGCAUGAAGUUAUCUGCCUGAUGCAGCCAGGACAUGUCACGUCAAAGAAAAUUGGGCAAUUGACCACAAUCCUUCGUAAAUUCCGGUUGAUCACCACAUUCGAGUCCAACUGUCAACUGAUAAAAAAUUUUACAAGUGUGAUUUUCAAGUGUAGCUAUUGUUAGGGCCAAUUUAAUAAAUCUAUUACAAGUUUACACGUGUAAAAGUCUUAUUAAAUGUACGGUAAAACGGGCGACAAAAUUGUAACACUGCUCCAAAACAAGUUGAAAAACGAUGUUGAGCGCUUUUACCGCCUGCGCUCAAACCUGCUUUGCAAGAUAUCAGAUUUUUGCAGUUUGCAAAAUGUUGUGGUAGAAAGUAGAGAGUAGUUUUACUUUUUGCGACAAAAUCUGUACAUGUUGCGCGUUUUACCUGCCCAAGUCAAACUUCUUUUGCACAGCAAGUGACGUAACUCCGGUGUAUGGCGUGACUCCCGCCUAAUUUUAUCCAAUCAGAAGUCAGUAUUCAAGCAACUUUGUUCCCUUACAGGUCUGAACAUGGUAAAACGCGCUACAUAGCUUUCAACUAGUUUGUCCAGCAAUGUUAUGAAACAAGUUGCACGAUUUUGUUGCCCGUAACGUAAAUUAGCCACUUAUUGUAAACAAUGGCUACACUUUUCACUUACUUUUGUAAAAGUUUUAUAAAAUAUGACCCCGAGUUUCGCGGCAGCGGUGUGAAAAAUGUCUAAAUUCUUUCUAGACACGAAAGGAUGUAUUUGCAAUCGUUCACAAAUUUUGAGGGACUCAUGUGGUUGUGGCCUUAUGCUUUUGCAGGACUUCCAUAUGCUUGAGUUUUCCAUUCACAGACAAUCAAAGUUGUUAGUUCUUUGUGCC